CGAUUAUGUACCAGCGUACGGACAUUCGGACAGAAUGAAUGCAGAGCUUUGCACGAUAUGGAAGGCGAAGUUCUAGGCUGGUGCCUUGUUACGACAUGCAAAUUAGCUUCUUAGCCGCAGCGAAGGCUCCGCAUUGGCAUUUGGGCAUUGCAAUGGUGUCAUGCCUAGCUAGGAUUGGGUACUGGACAUUCGGGGUUGAAAGACUCCGGAAGGGGGGCUCUCUUCAAAGUGUGAAGAUGAGAAUAUUUAAAAGGACGCGGCUGCGACUGCGUCAGCCUUCCAUUCAGGUCGGUUCACAACGUCUAUCUUCAGACAAAUAUAAGGCAUAUACCCUCCAUGAAAUCAUAUAAUCAUCAUACCCUUGCUGUGCUAUUUCACGAGACCUAUUAGCUAUUGAAAUCGCUCAGGAUAUAUCCAUCGUGGACCGCUACGGGCCCUAGACAAGUUCAGCAUGCCCGAUGCGCCAGAUGCUGCAGAGAAGACAUCUCGUCUCGAAACUCCAAUCGUUAAACAUAUCAACGUCUAUUCAAGCUCGAGUUCGGAGCAUGAAAACAGGGACGAGAUCAAACAUGAGAGGCUACAAGAUCAGGAAGUCCUCGAGCUUGUCCGAAAGUUUACGUCCCAGGCAGAACAACAUUACCUUGAAUCACCAUUUUCUGCUGCCGAGAAUAGCCGAUUAAACCCUAACAGCGACCGGUUUCGAGCGAGAGACUGGGCUAAGGCGUUCUAUGACUUGCGCUAUAGCAGCCAGGAAGCCAUUCCUCGCGUUGCUGGUGUUGCCUUUAGAGGCCUCAAUGUUUGGGGCAAAGGAUCUCCUACGGAUUUUCAGUCUACUGUAGGCAACUACAUUUUGAAGCUGCCAUCAUUGUUCGGACGCGGUACUCAGAAAAUAGAGAUCUUGCAAGAUCUCGACGGACUGCUACUUCCUGGCGAGCAGCUUUGCGUUCUAGGUCCACCUGGUUCCGGAUGCUCUACGCUGCUGAAGACGAUUGCUGGCGAGACCCAUGGCUUUCAAGUCAGUCCAGAAUCCUACCUAAAUUUUCAGGGUAUUCCAGCUAGGAAGAUGAACACCGAGUUUAGGGGCGAGGCUAUCUACACAGCGGAGGUAGACGCGCAUUUUGCUGAACUGAGUGUUGGGGACACGCUCUAUUUCGCCGCCCUGGCUCGUGCCCCUCGUCUGAUACCUGGUGGUGUUAGUCGAACAUGCUACGCCGAACACCUCCGUGAUGUCAUCAUGGCGAUGUUCGGUCUGGGCCAUACUGUGAACACCAAAGUGGGCAACGAUUUUGUACGAGGUGUUAGCGGAGGCGAACGCAAGAGAGUGACGAUUGCAGAAGCUGCCCUAAGCUUUGCUCCGUUGCAAUGCUGGGAUAACUCCACGCGCGGCCUCGAUUCAGCCAACUCAGUCGAGUUUUGCAAGACAUUGCGUACACAAUGCGAUGUGUUUGGUGCGUCUACUUGUGUUGCUAUCUACCAGGCGCCACAAGCUGCUUACGAGGUCUUUGACAAGGUUAUUGUCCUAUAUGAGGGUCGUCAGAUAUUCUUUGGUCCUGCGAACGCCGCACGUAGCUAUUUCGAGCGCCUUGGUUUCGAGUGUCCUGCGUCACAAACCACUCCGGACUUUCUAACUUCGAUGACCUCACCAUCAGAACGCCGGAUCAAAGCUGGGUAUGAAAACACAACACCACGGACUUCGGACGACUUUUCUCGGUGCUGGAAGGAGAGCCCCGAAAAGCAAAUUCUGCUCCAUGAAAUUGAGAAGUACGGCCAGGACCAUCCACUUAGUGGAGACAACCUUGAAAAAUUCGCUGAAGCAAGAACACUCGAGAAGUCUCGAAAGCAGCGACAGAAAUCACCAUACACGCUUUCAUACUGGGGACAGAUAAGACUUUGCAUGUGGCGCGACAUUCGGAAGAUCAAGAACGACCCUUCCGUACCAUUAGCCAUGUUAACGAUCAACUUCUUCGAGGCCCUCAUUAUUGCUAGCGUAUACUACAAUCUGAAAGAAACAACAGAAUCGUUCUUUAUGCGUGGCGGUGUUCUCUUCAUGAUGGUCCUCCUCAACGCAUUUGGCAGCUUGUUAGAAAUAUUUUCUCUUUAUGCGAAACGAACGAUUGUUGAAAAGCACAACCGAUACGCCCUGUACCACCCAAGUGCCGAAGCAUUCUCCUCGAUGAUAGUGGAUAUGCCUUACAAGAUUACGAAUUCGCUCAUUGUCAACUCUACGCUAUAUUUCAUGGCGAACUUACGCCGCGAGCCAGGUCCCUUCUUUUUCUUCCUUCUUGUUGCCUUUACUAUGACACUAUCAAUGAGCAUGUUUUUCCGUCUUUUUGCCUCGAUGACGAAGACCAUCGCACAAGCUCUGGCUCCAAGUUCGAUUAUCCUUAUAUUGCUCGUUAUGUAUACUGGAUUCGCCAUUCCUGUACAAUAUAUGAGAGGAUGGGCGAGCUGGUUUCGUUGGAUCAACCCCAUUUCCUAUGGAUUCGAAAGCGUGAUGGUCAAUGAGUUUCACGGACGUCAAUUUAAUUGCUCUGCAUUUGUUCCAAGUGGCCCCUUCUACGAAAAUAUUGCUGCAAAUCAAAGAGCAUGCGCUGUCCAGGGCUCUCAGCCUGGUGCGGAAUUUGUUAGUGGUACCGCAUUUGUUGAGACUGCAUUUCAGUACCAGUACGGAAACAGAUGGCGCAAUUACGGAAUAAUCGUUGUGAUUACAUUCGCUUUACUUAUCGCACAUCUCGUGAUGAGUGAGCUUGUUGCCUCGGAGCGCUCAAAGGGCGAAGUCCUUGUCUUCCGACGAUCCAGCAUGAAGACGAAGAGAAAACGAGACACAGGAGAUGAAGAAACCGGUAGUGCGUCUGCUCACGAUGGCGAGAAGAUCAGCAAUAGCGAUCGCCCGGAGCACAACGUAGAAAAGCAGGCAUCGAUCUUCCAUUGGGAGAAGGUGAACUAUGAAGUUGAAAUCAAGGGCGAGUCUCGUACAAUCCUAGACUCUGUCGAUGGUUGGAUCAAGCCAGGGACUCUGACAGCACUCAUGGGUGUGUCGGGCGCAGGCAAAACCACGUUGCUCGACGUUCUUGCUAGCCGAACCACCAUGGGUGUGAUUUCUGGAAACAUGCUGGUAGACGGACGAGGGCGGGACGAGUCUUUCCAGAGAAAAACCGGCUAUGCUAUGCAGCAAGACAUCCAUUUAGAGACUGCCACGGUACGAGAGGCACUUGAAUUCUCGGCUCUUCUGCGACAACCACCGGAAUACAAGCGCGAGGAGAGGCUGUCAUAUGUCAACCAUGUCAUCUGCUUGCUGGAUAUGGAACAGUACGCAGACGCUGUUGUUGGUGUACCCGGAUCAGGUCUGAAUGUGGAGCAACGCAAGCGCCUGACCAUUGGUGUCGAACUUGCAGCCCGCCCCAAGCUCCUUCUGUUUCUUGAUGAACCGACAUCUGGCCUGGACAGUCAGACGUCUUGGUCUAUCUGCGACUUAAUGGAAAAGCUUACCCGGAACGGCCAGGCCAUCUUGUGCACGAUCCAUCAGCCAUCAUCGUUGCUCUUCCAACGCUUUGACCGACUGCUACUUCUUGCUAAAGGUGGUCGUACAGUCUACUUUGGUGAUAUUGGUCGCAACUCCGAGGUGCUCCUUGACUAUUUCGCUCGGAAUGGUGCACCGGAAUGCCCUGUUGGCACUAACCCUGGCGAGUAUAUGCUUGAGGCGAUAGGUGCAGCCCCCGGGGCCCAUACACCUACCGACUGGCCUGCAGUCUGGAAAGAGAGCAAAGAGUACACCAACGUGCAAAUAGAGCUUGCUAGACUACGAGACCUUGCCAGCCAACCCUCCGCUACCAUGGACUCAUCCCAUGGAAGCCAUCAAGAAUUCGCAGCAACCUUCAUGACCCAGCUACGAGCAGUCACCCUGCGCUGCGCCCAACAAUAUUGGAGGACACCAUCUUACAUCUACUCGAAGGCACUCCUCACAAUCGGUUGUUCUCUCUUAAUUGGCUUCUCUUUUUUCAAGGGUGACAACACCAUGCAAGGACUUCAAAACCAGAUGUAUGGCGUUUUUAUCUUUCUCUUCGUCCUCAUCCAGCUAUUGUUCCAGAUCAUGCCCAUGUUCGUUAGUCAAAGGACGCUCUACGAGGCUCGCGAAAGACAGUCAAAAACAUAUGCUUGGCAAACGUUUGUAUUCUCUAAUAUUGCGGUAGAGAUGGCUUGGAACGCUUUCAUGGCCAUUUUCUGCUUCCUUGUCUGGUAUUACCCAGUUGGCCUCUACCGAAACGCUGAGUGGACUGAUUCCGUAAACAUCCGUGCUUUCCAGACACUCCUGAUUAUCGUUGCUGCGUUUCUCUUUGCAAGUUCGCUAGCACAUAUGAUUAUUGCUGGUUUACCAAAUGAACCGAUUGCGGGCGCUGUCGCGACACUGGCUUCAAUCAUGCUGUACGCUUUCUGUGGCAUUCUAGCAGGGCCGAGCGCCUUGCCACGGUUCUGGAUCUUUAUGUAUCGCGUGAAUCCAUUCACAUAUCUUGUCUCAAGCUUCAUGUCAUCAACACUAGGUCAAGCGCCAGUCUCAUGCGACAGCACAGAGUUCCAGACCUUCUUCGCACCAGCGGCUCAGAGCUGCGAAGAGUACAUGCGAGAAUAUAUCUCAGUAGCGGGUGGUUUUCUUCGCGAUCCGCAGGCUACCGGCGAGUGUGAUUAUUGCCAGCUGAACAGCACCAACCAAUUUCUAGAGCGCAUAAAUGUCGACUGGGCUACCCGCUGGAGAGACUUUGGUCUGCUGUGGGUAUACGUUGUGUUCAAUGUUGCGGCUGCGGUGUUUCUUUACUGGCUUUGUCGGGUGCCGAAGGGGAGGAAGGCAUAGUGGUCAUGAAUACUUCGCGCCACAGCUUCCCAUACUACUAGUGCACGACGUCGUCCUGGGAUUUUGGGUCUGCAAUUAUGCGGUAAAGUGCUCGGUAUGCUGCAAAGCGUCGGUCGCUGUCGAUUGGGAAUGUUGGUGGCGCGGUGUAGGUAUGGAAAAGGGGUUUGGAGGGAGGAAGGAUGUACGGGGGGUCAGGGUAACCUUUGUGUACGUGUUCAAUAAGGAUCUGUACUUCGAUAAUAGACUUAGAUAAUAGACCUAGAUGAUAUAGAACAAAACAUAUGCC